AAAUGAACUGGAAUAGAGCUGCCUCCUGUAUAAAAAGACUAAUCUCUUACUUCUAUUAUACAGAACAAGUUAAGGAAAGAAAGAAAGAAAAAAAACUCAUAAGAUGUUGCUCCUUUUCCUCAUAGCUCUUCCCAUUUUCCUCUUCUUUAUUCUUCACAAACACAGAGUAAACAGACAUGUUCUUCCACCAGGCCCUCCUGGGCUUCCAUUCAUCGGAAACUUACACCAGCUCGAUAACUCCGCCCCUCACCGCUACCUCUGGCAACUCUCCAAGCAAUACGGUCCUCUCAUGUCUUUACGACUCGGCUCUGUUCCAACCCUUGUGGUUUCUUCAGCAAGAAUGGGAAAAGAGGUCAUGAAGACCCAUGAUCUUGAGUUUGCUAGCAGGCCUUCCAUGGUUGGUCAGCAAAAACUCUCAUACAAUGGCUUGGACUUGGUUUUUACACCAUUAAAUGACUACUGGAGGGAAAUGAGAAAGAUUUGUGUUCUUCAUCUCUUCAACUCCAAAAGGGUACAAUCUUUUCAGUCAGUUCGCGAAGAUGAAGUGCUACUAAUGAUCAAGAAAAUAUCUAAACAAGCUUCUGCGAAAAAAGGUAUUAACUUGAGUGACACAGUAAUGUCUCUCACAAGCACCAUAAUCUGCAGGGUUGCUUUUGGGAAGAGGUAUGAGGAUGAAGGUCAUGAAAGAAGUAGAUUUCACAGCCUACUUAAUGAAGCUCAAGCGUUGAUGGCGACAUUCUUUGUAUCGGAUUAUUUUCCUUUAAUGGGGUGGAUUGAUAAACUCUCUGGACUAUAUGGCCGGCUUGAGAAAAAUUUCAAGGAAUUGGAUAUGUUCUACCAAGAAAUCAUCAACGAUCAUCUUGAUCCGAAAAGACAAGCAUCUGAGCAAGAAGACAUCACGGACGUCUUGCUUAAAUUGCAAAAUGAUCAUUCGUUUACGAUUGAUCUCUCUUUGGACCACAUUAAAGCUGUGCUUAUGAAUAUAUUUGUUGCUGGAACAGACACAAGUGCAGCGACAUUAGUUUGGGCAAUGACAGCGCUAAUGAAGAACCCAAAAGUGAUGAAAAGGGUGCAAGACGAACUGAGAAAUUUAAUCCGAGAGAAAGGCUUUGUGGGUGAAGAUGAUAUUCAAAAACUUCCAUACCUUAAGGCUAUAGUAAAAGAAACAAUGAGAUUGUACCCUGCAGCUCCAUUGCUCGUGCCAAGGGAAACAACUCAAACAAUUAAAAUAGAAGGAUAUGAAAUUCCAUCCAAAACCUUAGUCUAUGUGAAUGCAUGGGCCAUUGGAAGGGACCCUGAAGCUUGGGACAACCCAGAAGAGUUCUUGCCUGAGAGAUUCUUGGGAAGUGCUAUUGACUUCAAAGGUCAAGACUUUGAACUUGUUCCAUUUGGUGCCGGUCGAAGAGGUUGCCCUGGGAUCUAUAUGGGUGCUGUGACAGUGGAACUUGCGCUUGCUAAUCUUCUCUAUUCAUUUGAUUGGGAACUUCCUGUUGGGAUGAAGAAGGAAGACUUGGACACUGAGGUGAUGCCUGGUAUAACAAUGCACAAGAAAAAUGCCCUUUACCUUGUAGCUACAAACCCUAAUUAAUGGGUAUGAAAAUAGGAUCUUUUGUUCUAAAAUAUUGUCCCAUGUAAGCUUGUUUGGUUUUGAUUUUCAGAAAAUUCUAUUUUCAGAAA